CACCACAUGUAGGCUACCCGUACACAUUGUACUCUUGCUAUAAUCAUCCGGGAACCACGGUGCUCUCUGCUUUGUAUUUACAUUUGUGUUUAUUUAGGAUAUUUAAGACGGCGUUUAUCAGAUACCUGUGCGUGAAGACGUAUUGCAAGCUAAGAUGACUGCCAUGACAAUUCAAUGAGAGGAGAGGACGCCAAGUGAAGCAUCCCCCGCUGACUAAAAAGGAGAGAAGUGCUCAAGGUAAAAAGAGGAGAGGGAGUAGAAGAAGUGAAAGAAGAAGAAGAGGAAGAAACAAGGGAUAAGAAGAGAGAGAGAGGCAGAGGAGUGAGAAAAGAGGCAGGGGAGAGAAACUGAAGGAUAAACGGUGGAUGGAGGCGGCUCGGACCGGGGCUACGGAGCGCUCUUCACCGACGAAGAAGAAGAACAGCAGCAGCAGCGGGGGGGAGAGGAGAUGGAGGCGAAAGGCAGAAACAUGCCCUCAGAUAUUAGUUUCCUUCCCCGCCCAGCGAUGGUGUGGUGUGAGCGGGGAAUCCAGGUGCUGCUGACUACCAUGGGAGCGUUCGCGGCCUUUGCCCUGAUGACGGUGGCUAUCGGUACAGACUACUGGCUGUAUGCCCGCGCCUUCAUCUGUAACAGCACAGCCAACUCAUCCCAGGAAGACUCCAACAACAAGGACAAGAAAGACCCUGGGGCACUCACCCACUCUGGCCUCUGGAGGAUCUGCUGCCUGGAAGGCUUGAAGCGAGGUGUGUGUUCCCAGAUCAAUCAUUUCCCAGAUGACGCAGACUACGACCAAGAUGCUGCAGAGUAUCUGCUGCGUGUGGUACGAGCAUCAAGCAUCUUCCCCAUCCUCAGUGCCAUACUGCUCCUCCUGGGUGGGGUGUGUGUUGCCUCAAGCGGCUUCUACAAGAGCAAAAGAAACAUCAUUCUCGGAGGAGGGAUUCUGUUUGUAGCUGCAGGCCUCAGCAACAUCAUCGGAGUGAUCGUGUACAUCUCAGCAGCACUGAGCGACAUCUCCCCCAAGAAAGAUGAGGACAAGAAGUGGCACUACUCCUACGGCUGGUCCUUCUACUUUGGCGGCCUGUCCUUCAUCCUGGCUGAGAUGGUGGGUGUCCUCGCUGUCAACAUCUACAUUGAGAAGAACAAGGAGCUGCGCUGCCGUUCUCGCACCGACCUCUUUAAGAGCACCACGCACGCCAUGCUGCGACUGCCCAGCUACCGUUUCAGACGGCGCUCUCGUUCCAGCUCACGCUCCACCGACCCGCCGCACUCACAGGAGACCUCGCCCAUUGGCGCUUCCAAGACCUUCAGCCUGCCACCCUCUGCCCCACCCUUCUCUGUGGCCACUCUGCCCAACCCCCACCACACCAGCAGCGGUGGAAGCGGAGGAGGGGGCGACAUCUCCAUGUACACCCUGUCGAGGGACUCCAAACUGGGCAGCCUGGGAGGCGGCGCCCCACCUCUCUACGGCACAGUGGACCGCGCCACGCUGUACCAGCUCCACAACUACUUCCCAAAAGAUUCCAGUGGCAGUGGUGGAGGAGGAGCAGCGGUGAUAAGCAGCGGUACACUGCCAUCUCACUCCAAAUCCAACUUGGCAGCAGCAGCGGCUGUAGCCCAGAAUUCAGCACCGCUGAAUACCUCCACAUCAGCCACCACACCUGCCCAGUCAGCUCCGAUAUCUACAGCCACAAUGGAGAGGGACAGGGGCAACAUGGGAACCCUGGACCGACUGACAGCCAAAAGGGACAGGGAUAGCAACUCAGAUACACUUAACAGGAAAACUACACCAGUUUAAAUCUAAACCACACAGAGGAAAGUGAGAGGUUAAAUAAAAGAGAGGUGGAACUGAGUUUAGAGAGGUUAGAGAUAUCUGAGUUGAAAGAGAGGCUGAAAAUGUGUAGGUGACACUUAGACGGUAAUGUUUCUGUCCUUGAGCCUGGGGUAUCUAGCUGCCAUAAUUACUUACCAAUAUCAUAAACAGUCAUUAAACACCUGAUGUUAUGUGCAAAUUCAAAAACAACUGCCUUAAAAUGGUCAUGAUUUUAUCUUCAUCUUCCUUGGAUUAAGUUAAUUACACAGUAAUGGUGCAGUGGAGGCUUUAGCAGAAGGGAUUUUUUUUGUAACUUUUCAUUUCAGCAUCGCUCCAUUUCAGAUUUUGUUGUACAAAAUCAUACACUCACAACUGUGAGCUUUCCGGUAAAACCAGUCUCCCAGUGCAGCAGUUGGGGGUUAAGUGCCUUGCUGAGGAGGCAGCAGAGCUCAGAAGUUAUUUACUCUCUUGUUUGACAUUUUGUCAGCUGCAAUGGGGAUUUAAAUUUCCACUUCACUUUAACAAUAAGAACCUAAUAAGCUCUGAUCUUGUGAUUUGUAAGAAACAAGACAUCUAAGUUAAAACAUUACUAAAUCUGGCUUAAAAGUGAACGUUUUCACACAUCUAGACAUCCAGUUUAAGCUUCAGGCAUCUUAUCACCUGCAAACUUUCUGGUUUUCUAAACCAUACAACACUUUUUAGAAUCAUAAAUAACAAAAUAAAUAAGUGGCCAGAUGGUAUACGCCACAAUUAAAUUUCUGUUUAAAAAAGAACAGAGACACAGACAGGUACGGUCAGCCAAGUAUCAAGCUGCUCAUUGCUCAAGAUGACUUUCAAUUCAAGGUCAACAGUAGCUACUUAAUGCCUGGUCUUAAGAAAGUAACAUCAGCCACCUACCUACUGACACACACACACACACUCACCAGAGAGGCUGACACAGUGUGAGUCUAUUUAUUUUUCAUUGUGUGUCAAAGGUAAUUACAGUGACAGAUGGGCAUUAACUCACUCCUAGAGAAAGACACAGCCAUAGACUUUAAGCUUCACCCUGUACGCCUCCAUUACACCACUGCCAGUUGUCAGUAGUUAGGUUAAACACUGCAACAAAUCUGACGUUUAAUUCCUAGAGCCUUUGUUCAAAUGUGUCAAAUAUUUUCAGAAUUCUGGCCGAAUAAAAGUAGACCGCUGUUCUUGUUUCAAGAUAAUUUCACUUGUUUCUUGUUCCCUAAACAAACAAGAAUUUUGAUAUUGGGCAGUUCUUGCAGGUCUAUCACUUGAGUAUACUUGUGUAUACGGCCACAACCUCCAAAAUUUGUUGUGAAGCCAAUAGCACCAAUCUACAUUUGUAAGCAGGUAACUUCCAAUUAUAGAGUUUUCUAAGGGAAAAUGGUUUCAAACUCAGAAAUGUCAGUAGCUAGCCAUGUAAUUCUUUAAUUAUUGGUAUUGCUCAACAGUACUUGAAGCACACUGCUCAUGAAUUUUGGUUGUUUCAUGUCAUCAGACAGUAGAAAUGUAAAUGCAUCAAGUCGAUGGAAGUACUUGUAAGAACUGGACCUUUAUGCACUCUAUGUGAUGUUUACUUGCCCACAUUGAUUCCAGGGUUUGUAUGACUGUUUAUGAUGAUGAUUCGAUACUGAAGGCUACAAGGCAGCAUCCAUUGAGUUCUUGCAAAGGGCUGCAACCACAGGCAACAGGGUGGGGGUCAAUUCAGUUUACACUCAGGGGGUGGAGUUUUAGUUAGAACUUAGAUCAAAAGCUAAAAAUUUAAAUCAUGUGUUACUCCAAUAUGAGAUAUCAACCAUUUUAUCAAAUCAAGUUCCACUUAUUCUUAAAAAAUAAUACAAAAUUGAAGCACAUUAUUUAUUAAAGAAGUAAAAAAAAGAUUAUAUUAUGAUGAUAUUAGAUUUGUAAAGAACCAAUCAGAUUCUGAACACAGUAUAUUUUUGAGGGUGUUUCUGAAUUGUUGUCAGUGGUAACUUGAGGGCAAAACAUUUCCGUAAUGGAUGCGCUGCAUAACAUUUUUGACCAAACCCUUCACAUGUCCUAAAUCUGACUACUGGACUGAUAUACUGAACAAUGAAUGCACUUCUGAAUCAGCUGCGUUUGCUAGUGAAUUCAACACAAACUUGGCUGGAAGAGGGAAAGAGAAAAUAGCACAACAGCUAGCUUCAGUUCCCCUUUCAUCCAUCUCUCUUUUAGAUUUAACUAUAUACUGUUUCACAAACUAGAAUAAUAAAUGUAUUAUUGAGUAUAUUAUCGGCCCAUCCACUUCAAAAAAGCACAUAAUGUCUGUAAAUGCUAAUCUUUGUGUUGUCUUUUCAUUCUGAGUGAUGGAUCAUCUCUGGGUUACAUGAGACUGUGACUCCUUGAGUAUUAAUAUCAUGUUGCUGGUGUUUCUAUGAUCGUAAUGGUUAUUGCAGGGUAAUUAUACCUUUUGAAAUCUUUACUUUUUGUAAUUUUUUUUAUGUUCCUUUCAACGACUUUUAAAUUUUCUUUCUCUUGCUUAUGUACACUAAAGUUAGUGGUGUCAUGUGGAGAGCAUGUGCACAAAAGUGAGAGGGUGAUAAUGUGUAAAUUCAUCUCUGAAUCAUCUUCAUUUUCACUUAAUUCAUUACAUUUAUUUGUACAGGGAGGGGUUGACUGAGCAUGCAUGCUCUUUUUCAGUAACACCCUGCUUCACCUUUACCUUCACAUUGGCACCCACUCAGUAAAACCAGUCAUCUGCUGGUUACUGAGCUGCUUCCCUGGAACAAUUGGGGGCUACGUGCCUUGAUCAAGCACAUUGAUAGUUGUUGAGUGUAGCGUGUUUGUCAAUUUAUUUCCUUCAUCUUGGUUGUUCCACCCAUUCUAAAUAUAUUACUGGGCCUUCUAGUCCACUUUUUUCCAAAUAUCACUCUAAACUUUACUGUGUACAUUAUUUUUACUGUAAACUAUUAAAUUGCACUGUUUUUCUUUUAUAUUUUCAUUGAAUUACUCGCUUCUUUUUUAAGUUGUUUCUGUUAUUUUGAUUUUUUUAAAUGUUUAUCUCUUUCCCUACUGUUAUUCUUUUCUUUAAUCUUCUCCUAAUUCUUUUAUUUCUUAAUUUCUCUUUAAGUUGUCGUUUUUCCUAGUUUUUAUUUCAGUUUUGGCUUUUGUUGUUUGUUGUCUCUUUUGUAAUAUUUGUAUUUACACUGUUCUCUGCUGUCAUUGUUUUGUCCUCAUUUCUUUGCAGGCUAUCAUUUUGUGUUUUUUUUUUUCUAAACAUUACCAACGUAGCCUAAUAAUCAGUGUUUUUUAAUGUUCUGACUAGUGUGUAACUGUAGGCGAUGGAAUUUAUAUUAAUCUAUUUAUUUUCGUGGUUGUGUAUAGAUAUUGGUAAUGUUAUAUUCUUUCGGAGUUCUUACACCUGUAACUUUGGGCUACAAAGGCUUUCAUGCCUGCCUGUGACAUAUUGUCAGUAGCCUAAGUGCUGUUAGAGUGGGCUAAAUGUGGUCUGUGUUGGUGUUGUCAGUGGUUUUUACAUUGUAAACAAGUACAGCAAAAUACAUCAGCCCCAUGCUUCCAAGACACGUGUAUUGUUGAACACCAACAUGCAUCCCAAGCAUUUUACCUUUUAUACAGUGAUUGUGAGAACAUGGUCAAAAGCAGAUGUUCUGUUCCUUUGUUUUCAAUUUAUAUCCUGAUGUGAAAGCCUUUUUAAAGGCGGUAUAAGUCACCAGCUCCUUUUCUCAACACUUAGGCUACUGACACUAGUCAAACCUGAAACUCUUCAAAUGGACUGGUAUAUUUCCACCCCAACCGGUACAUGUAAACAACAAUAAGGAAAAGGGGAAGCAAUACAAUAUACUGAUCCUCACUGGAAAAGACAAAAAAUAUAAGGUAUAUAUACAUAUAUACAUAAAUAUAUAGAUAU